CAGCGAAAAUUCAGAAUGAGGAGAGCUGCAGUUUUUCUGGCGUUGCUGUUCUGUCUGCUCUGGACGGGGACUCAGGCCGGUCCUCAGGUGGCGUUCUCAGCCGGUCUCAGUGAUGCAGGAGUAGUCGGACCCUUCGGCACUAACUCAAUACUGAAGUACACUAAAGUCUUCACCAAUAUCGGCCAGGCCUACAACCCAACUACAGGUAUCUUCACAGCCCCCGUCAAAGGAGUCUACUACUUCAGCUUCAACAUGUGGGGAAGCCGCUUUGUAUCAGAUACCGCUCUUGAAUUCGCUCUCAACAACGUGAUGAAGAUGAGGCUUCAAGAUUACAAUGAUGCCUAUGGCUACGUCUCUGCGGCUAACUCAAUGGUUCUUCAGCUGGAGAAGGGAGAUGUUGCCAACAUGGUUCUGCCCUCCAGCUACAACGUUUAUGAUGAUUUGUUUAAUCGCAUGGUUUUCAGUGGAUUUCUACUCUUUCCUCUGUGA